GAAUAUAUAAGUAAUAGUAACAUAAGUAGUAGCAAGUAGAAGAAGUACAAGAAUAUAAAGGAAUAGAAAGAGGACAAAGUAUUAUUUUGUUUCGUCAACGAAUAUUACGGAAUUAAAACGUUAAUUGUAGUAGUAUACUUUUACUCAGCAUCAUAUAUACAUAUAUAUAUAUACAUGUAUAUACAUACAUAUACCCAUUCAACACAAACACACACUCAUUGACUGGUUCACAUUCUAGGUGAUACAAGUGUACAAUAAUCAGCUGCAUAUAACAUUAUAUUUUUAUUUAUUAAAAUCCGUCAUACAUCUCAUAGAAUAAUACUCGUGCAAACAAGUACAUAGAUAACAAUAUUUUAAAAUAAUAACUAUUUUCUGGUGUAUGGAUUUGCGUCAUUUGUGAAUUGUAUCCUCAAGUACUGGAUGGGUUGGUAUGGUUCUAAAUGUGUGUGACGCAUCAACGAAAAACUGCAAGCUGGCACCGUAGACCCACGUAAAAAAAACGUUAUAUUAUUCAGAACACCAGCAACUACUUACUUAAUAUUUAUUGUAUUUAAAUAAAAUAUACAGCCGCCCAAAAUCUGGAGUAAAAAAAUAAUUUAGCGAUACGAGUUUUUUAAAAAAUAGUAAUAAUGAACAAGAGUUGUGCCCGGUGUGAAAAAACGGUAUAUCCUAUCGAGGAACUUAAAUGUCUUGAUAAGAUAUGGCACAAGCAGUGUUUCAAGUGCCAAGGAUGCAGCAUGACCCUCAAUAUGAGAACUUAUAAGGGUUUCAAUAAACAACCGUACUGUGAAGCGCACAUACCAAAAGCAAAAGCCACGACAAUGGCUGAGACACCGGAAUUAAAACGUAUUGCCGAGAAUACAAAGAUACAGAGUAAUGUUAAGUAUCAUGCAGAAUUUGAAAAGGCUAAAGGUAAAUUUACACAAGUAGCUGACGAUCCAGAGACACUGAGGAUUAAACAGAAUAGUAAAAUAAUAUCAAAUGUCGCGUAUCACGGGGAGUUGCAAAAGAAAGCAAUCAUGGAGCAAAAGAGAACGAUGGCGGGAGAGAAUGAUGAACAAAUAGAGUACGUAGAAUAUACAGACGGUUCAAUAGCACCUGCGAGCAGUGUUAUUAAUGCUAACGCUAACGUUAACGCUAAUGCUAAUACUGCAAUGCCGGUGAGAACAGUAAGUCCUGUUAAUAAAAUGCCAGGAAAAAUAGCUGACUAUGAUCCCAUAACUGAGGCUAGACCCAGUCCGUACUCAGCUAGACAAGCAGCCACUACUGUUAUCUAUACAAGUGAUAAGGGCGCAGUAACAAAUCCACCGGCAAGAAAAAUAGGAUCUGUUGCUGACAUCGAUCCAGUCAAUGAGUAUUACGGAUCUUUAACGCCUGGUAUUAAUAAUAAUAAUCAUGUUCCACAACAGCAACAGCCGCACCCGCCUCCGGUACAAGCCAAUACUCUGAGAGUCUAUCGCGCGUUAUAUGAUUACGAGGCGCAAGAUGUAGACGAAGUGAGCUUCUGCGACGGCGACCUUAUUCUCAACUGUACGGCAAUCGACGAGGGCUGGAUGACGGGUCUUGUACAACGAACCGGACGUCACGGAAUGUUGCCAGCUAAUUAUGUUGAACCAGCCCAUAUUUAAUAUAUUAUUAUUAAAUAAUAAUAUACAUAUUUUAUCAAACAAUUCACAUUCACGAUUUUAUUUAUACAGUUGUCUACAUUACUAAUAUUUUAUUUACGCUGAUUAAUAUUAUUAAUGUGGAUUUAAUAUGAGAGGGAGAGACAAACAUAAUUAGAAAAAAAAAAUGAUAAAGAAGAGGAAAUAAUUGUCAUUAUAUCGAGGGACCACAUAUAUUUUCUUAUAAAGUGUACACUUUGUUAUUGCGUAAUACUGACGUAGGAUUCAGGAGAUUAUUAAUUAAUAGUUUAUAGUUAAUUAUGGAACAGUGCCUUUUAUAACUUUCCGAUAGCAUUUAUAUUUAUAUACAAAUAUAUAUAU